AUGUCCUCCUUUUAUAACUCAAGGAAGUCUUUUGACACCUCGGAUCGAGGCUUUACUCGCUCGCCCUUCUUCUCGGGCAAAACGAGCUCCCCACAAAACGAACUUACAGGCGGCGCCCCUCUGCACGCAAUGAUGGUCCCAGGUGUGGCCGUGCCGUCCAGCGAGCAAACCACUUCCGAGAAGCCUUCCUCCAAGUUCCAGGCUUUCAUCGGCAGCAAGCGCGCAAAGUCGACCGCAUCUCCUCCCAAGAAGGACUCGCGCAUCAUCUGGGCCGACCAGAUCCGCAAGGCAUCCCCUACCGCUCAACCGCUCACAUACACAAAGGCCAGCGACCGCCUCGCGAUGGCGGCCCCUCCCGCAUCUCCUCCUGCGGACGCAUCCCCUCCCAGACCGCGCGGUGGCAUGCUGCGAAAGGCGUCUCUCGACCUCCUGCGCAGCUCGCCAGACACUGGACGAAGCACCACCCCGUUGCCGCCUGCUGACAGGCGGCCCAGCAUCUCCGGCGGUCUGCUCCGCAAGGCUUCUCUCGAUCUCUUGCGCAGCUCGCCAGACACGGGUCGAAGCACCACUCCUUUGCCCAACAUCUCGUCGCCCAUCAUGACCAGCUCCACCCUCACUGCUUCGCCGGCCAUGUCAUCAAGACCGCUUCCCAGGAGAUCCAUGGACGCUUCCUGGAGCCGUCCUCGCCCAGAGCCGCUCCAGUUGGCGUUCAGCGCCAAUCCCUUUGCGUCGUCCAGCCGCAGUAUCGCACCGCUUCCGCUUACGCUGUCUACUGACAGCUUCUCUGAGGAGCUCUUCAACAGCUUUGGAAAGCGUGCUUCGGCGAGUUCUGGCUCUUCUGGUCGUGCACCGGGCCCUUCAGAUCUUCUGGCAGUGGAUCUGCCUCUGCUCUUGCAGCCGCAAGCUGGUGGGCCGCCUUCGAUCGCCGACACUUACUCGGUUCGCUCGCGUCGCGAUUCGUUGGCCAGCUCCAUCGACCUCGAUCCCGCCGUCCUCCGCACCCCUACUAUCUCGGACAACCAGUGGCAGGCGCAGGUGCAGCAGGAUCGUGCCGCUUUCCUCGCCGAGUACGGUCUGGAUCAGGACGACCAUGAGAGCGACACCGACGGCAGCGUCUACUCGAAUGACGACGACGCCAGCGUCUCGCUGCCCUCGUUCAACCUAUGCCCUCCCAACACUCUUCAGGAGUACGAGAUGCCUCCUCCCGUCUUCCAGCGUCUCGAUGCCGACUUGCUCUCGGUCAACGAUCACGGCGAUGGCAUGAACGGCACCGGGCGCUUCAUGCCCGAAGGUCGACUCCUUCCACCGCUCGAGAUUGCCAGCCUGCCCCGGGAGAAGGAGGAGAUGAUCCGCAAGUCGCGAGCUCGCCUCAUCAGCCCUCGAACCUUCAAGAAGGCUUUCUCGAUCAAGCGCCGAGGAUCCGACGACUCGCCUUCCGCCGAUUCGACGCCCAGCCUUACUCACAGCAGCUCAGACGAGGCCAGCAAGUCUUCGGACGCAUCUGUGCCCCCUCGCAUGCCUGGCCUCGGUGACCGCGAAGCGCAGCGACGCUUCUCGGAUCCUUCUUCCGAGGAGGGGCCGACCACUCCGACUGCGCCUUCCAUGCCGAUGCCGCUGUUCAACGAUGCGCUUGACAAGGACACCUCCAUGUCGCCCGUGUUCAGCAGCAAGGCCGCCUCCUUCACGUCCGAGUCGUCGCGCGGCGUCUCGUCGCUCAGCUCGAGCUCUUCCAAGCGACACCGCGUCGGCACUCCCGGCCUGACCAAGACGGCCUCGUCACUGUCCAAGGCUGGAUCGGCAGCUACGAUCGACCCGCACUUUGCCCGUGUCCAGACCCGAGCUCGCUCCAACGGCAGCAUCAUCUCGCAGACGCCUUCCGAUGCCCCUUCGUCCAACGGACGUCGCUCUACUCGCAAGAGUGGAAAGAGCGGACGAACCCGCAUCACCGACUCGAUGCCCAGCUUCGCCCACUUUGGCAGCGCCCUCCAGGUCCCUGCCGUCAGCAGCCAGAGGCGUCCCUCGACACGAAGCACCUCGAGCGAAGACUCGCACAGCAACGCCUCCAGCAGCUCCAACUUCGACAAGGUCAGCGGCGGCUCUUCGGAUGAUGGCACCGUCGCUUCGUCCGUUCACAGCGUAUCCUCGUCGCCUGUCAAGGGUGUCCUGCGCAAGCGCUCUCCGUCGUCGGCCGACUCGUCGGUGUCUGCCAGCAAGAAGGAGGUCUCCUUCGAGCUCCCCGCAUCCGUCGACAUCGAGACCGUCGACGAGAUCCAGGAAGAGACUGAAGUCCUCGAGCACGAGCAGAAGCAGCGCAGUCGCCUCGCUCUGCCACCCAUGAAGCUGCAGGUGCCCAAGAGCGAUGUCGUCGAAGACGUGCAGGCUGCUGGUCAGAGCCAGAACGACAUCGACAUCACCUGCUUCCUGUCGACCUUUGGCGCCAACGUAAAGAGCGUCGAGUCGCUCGAGGUGCUGGACAACAUCCACGCUGGUGCCUCCGACUGGCCCAGGCGCGAGGACUGGAACUCGCUCCCCGCCUACCUCGUCGCUUACGCCACCACCUUCCUCUCCGCGUACACGGACGACAGCGCGACGCUCGUCUACUCGGACGCGCGCCUUGCCAAGGACACAACCGUUUCUGCCCCGUCGGCUAUGAGCCAGAACCCUCUCUUCGCUUCCAUCGUGCGCUCGAUCUACCGCAUCGCGUCCUGGGAGCAGCCUGCCGUGUCCGCCGGUGUCUCUUCGGCCUACGCCUACACGUGGUCGCAGGGCAAGCUCGCCGGUGUCGGCUCCGUCGGUCUGGCGCUUCUCGCUGCGGUGCAGUCAUCCUCUCAGCAGGACUCCACCGUGGACGCCAAGGAGCUCGGUGAGGCGUACUCCCAGAUCGCCUCGGUCCUCCUCGGCUCAGACCACACCAGGGAGCGCGUGCGCAACCUUAUGCUCUCCCGCUCGCCCAAGGCGUCGCUGCGCGUCAUCCUCUGCCUGACUGCCCUCCUCUGCGGCGUGCACCGCUUCGGCAGCGGGCUCAUCUUCUCCCUGCCCGGUCUGUUUGUGGGACUUGCGCUGUUCGUGUGGCUCCCUGCCAUCCUGUGCCAGCCGAGCUGGGCACCGGAGUGGCUCAAGCAGGGCAACCCGCUCGAUGCGUUGCUGCUGUACGACGUCCCCACCGACACGCAGCACGCGAUCCUCACGAUGCGACGUCGUGCGGCGAGUGGCGAGCAGCUCGUCCACCGCGAGGCGAAGGAGGGCCUGACGCCGACGGACUUUGACCACCGUGUCUCGCAGCAGGACCUCCUGCACGCGGGUGAUGUUCUCGACGGCGCCUUCUUCGGCACGCACGAGGGCAAGCAGGGACACCUGGUCGUCCUGCCCUCCCGCGUGGUCUUCCGCGCCCUCACCGCGCCCGUCGAAGUCGUCAGCCUGCGCGACGCACUCAAGCACGAGUGCAGGAUCUCGUUCGAUGCAAGGCUCGAAAAGGUCGUCGGCCUCACCAAGGUCGGGACCGGGCUCGAGAUGAGGUUGAAGAACGGUCAGACGUGCACGGUAGAGAACGUCCAGAGCAGGGAUGAGGCGUUCAACCGCUUGUUGGCGCUCGCUCCGCAGAGGUGGCACUGA